AUGGCAUCACAAAGAAUAGCAGUUGUAACAGGAGGAAAGAAAGGUAUUGGUUUCGAGAUAAUCAAACAACUAGUGUCUGCGACUCGCGAUGUUCAUGUCGUGAUGACGGCACAAGAUGAACAAAAGGGUCUCCAAUCUCUUGACAAACUCAAAACUUUAGGUUUGUCUGAAAAUGUGCUUGUCAGGCAGCUCAAUGUUAAAUGUCCAGAUAGUAUCGCAUCGUUCGCAGAUUUCAUCAAUACAAAGUUUGGCAAACUCGAUAUAUUGGUGAACAAUGCUGGGGUCAAUGGAAUUAUCAUCAAUGAGUCAAGCUUGAACCACAAUCCUAGUGAGGUUACUACCACAGGAGUGAAAGCCUUUAUGACAAAGCAAAUUAUGUUACAAACAUAUGAAACAGCCAAAGACUGCAUCGAAACAAAUUACUACGGAACCAAGCAUGUUACCCAAGCCCUGCUACCAUUUCUUCACUCCUCCCCUUCUCCCAGGAUUGUUAAUUUGACAACUGGAGUAUCAAAAAUUGAGAAUAUUAAAGACGAUAAGGCAAGAGAGAUGCUUAGCGAUGUUGAUAGACUUUCUGAGGAGGUUUUGGAUGAGGUUGUGAACGGAUUUCUAUGCGAUGCUAAAGAUGGUUUGUUGGAAAAGAAGGGGUGGGAUGAGCCCUUUUCGGCCUAUAUUCUUUCCAAAACUGCGACCAAUGCAUACACUCGGGUUCUUGCUAAAAAGUAUCCGUCAUUUCGUAUAAAUUCAGUGAAUCCUGGUUUUACAAAAACAGACAUGACACACUAUCAAGGGAUCUACACACCCGAGGAAGCUGCAAGAGGUCCGGUGAAGCUAGCUUUGAUCCCCAAUGACGGUCCUUCUGGUCGUUUUUUCUUUCAAACCGAAGAAACUAACUUCUGA